GUGCCUAUGUACAUAUGUACUUAGGUGCGUGCAACCAUCGAACGAAGCAUUAUGUGCCCCGUUCGACUUUCACUUCAUCGUGUCGUCGAAAGAACGAAGUGGGGAUGUGAAGCGAAGAGAAGAACAGUAACGGAUUCUCCGGAUAAGGCUGGUGAAACACGGAAUCAGAAAAACGGAAACAGACCGAUCGUACGGGUCGUAGUAAUCGUGUUCUCCGAGUUUUCAUUGAGGUGUUCAUUCGAUUUUGUGUACUGAAAGAAGAGGCUUCCACUAUUCCGGUGGAAAGCUCGCACGUUCGGUACCCACGCAACUACGGACUUUCGAAACUUUCGUUCUUGGCAGUCACGAUUAUGGCAAAGCAGCAUUCUUGGACGACCGUGAUCUUUGCAACAAUGAUCACCGCGUUUCUUCUAGGAUUAAUUGCUGGGAACGAAGCGACAAUUGCUCAGCCUAAAGCACCUAAUUUUCAAUAUUUUGAACGGCCUAAAUACCGUUACCCAUACUAUGAUGAGAAUGGUAGAGGAAAAUUACUGUACGGAUAUGGAGGACCAGAUCUGUACCAAUACAAAACUUACAGUGCUCUUGAAGGAAUCCAUUAAAAUAAGGAAGUACUAAUCACAUUAAAAUCUACCAAUGAUAGUGCAACUACUUCUAAAUAACACACGGUACAUACACGAUUCUGAUUCCGAUCACAAGAAAUUUUGUACCAUUCUGUCUGUAAAAUAUUUAGCAUAGUUAUGGUACACAUGGUUCAGCAUAAUGUUUUAUCUGUAAGUGAAUAAUAGUAUAAUUAUUUUUCUUUUUAAACUUCUUGUUACCGGAACCACAUCGGGUCUCUCCGUAGAAUUAAGGAACAUUACAAGAUCGUUUAUUCAUCCAAUUAUAAUCAAUUUUUAAAUGCAAUCAGUUUGUGUAUAUUAGAUUACUUCAUAAUCUUAUGUUUCAUUGUCUUGAAUUAUGAUUUAUUAAUCGAGAUAAUACGUUCGAUAAUAACAUUGUGUCUCAGAAAAGAAAGAUGUGAACCGGACGUAAACGAACGGAUGUGAUCUAAGUGGUACUUAGAUCGUUCUUGGUUAGUUGGGUGGGUUAGAAAAAUGUGGUUAGAAUGAUCACGAUGCUUUUUCAAUGCUGAAUCACCUACGAGUACGUUUACCAGUAGUCUAUAGCAUUAAAAUUCACGAAUUUUUCUACGACGAGUGUAUGUGGAAUGUGCAGUAGCAUCGCUAGUGUCUAUGAUGUGUCGAAUAACCACCGUAAAAGGCGAGAGAGAGAGAGAGAGAGAGAGAGAGAGUGAAAACCACUAAUUCUAAGAACGCCUAAAUAACCGACUAUCAUAUGUCAAAGAAUCAGAAAUAUUUGUAAAUGUUUAAAAAACCUCCAGUCAAUCGUGGUUGUUAAAUCUUAAACUAAACGCGCUCGUGGAAAGAGGAGCACGAUUUACGUUCGCCUUCGUCGUGACAGGUGCACAUACAAAGUUACAAAUGUGCAAGCAUAGUCGAAUUAUAGCGAGAUUAUGUUGAUUUAACGAACGACUACUACCCGUACGAUGUGUUUUGGGCGUUUAUUCCAAAUGAUCCUUGUCCGCCUUGUCUUCGGCAGACUGUAACUGUCAUACGAAAUCCAUCUCGGAUUUAUUGUAAUAUUGUGUACCUGCUCGUCGUCUGUAGAGCUGUCUCUCUAUAAAUUUCUUUAUCUCGCUGAUCACAAACACGCUUGAUG